AUGGCAGAAAAAGAGACUUUGCACGCAGGGCGUAUCUAUGGGGGCAAGGAGGCUGUGCCCCACAGCAGACCCUACAUGGUUCUCCUGGAGAAAGCUGUCGCCAACAACCUGAAGCCAGGAAGCUGCUGUGGUUUUCUAGUGAGAGAGGACUUUGUGAUGACUGCCGCCCACUGCAAUGGGGGAUCCAUUAAGGUCAGGAAAUGUCAGGAAGGUCAGGAAAUGCUUGUGAAACAGGCAUUUCCGCAUCCAAAUUAUGAUGAAGAAUAUAAUAAUGAUAUCAUGCUACUCAAGCUGGAGGAGAUUGCCGUUUUCACCGACCAUGUGAGACCCAUUGGCCUCCCGCUGACAAAAGAUGAGGAGGUGCCCAAGGAAUGUCUGGUGUCAGGCUGGGGACACACUAUCAGGAAUCUAAAGCAAGGCUCCCCUGUGCUUCAGGACCUCAAUGUGACACUGGAUGAGAAUCAACUUUGCUCUGACAACCAUCAAGUCUGCUCAUCAGGACUAAAUGGACCUGCUCAGGGAGACUAUGGUGGUCCAUCAGUCUGUAACGGUGUGGCCUAUGGGGUGGUGUCUACCAAGACUAGAAACAACACCUACAUCUACAUGCGCAUCCCUGACUUCCUGGACUGGAUCAAUGACACCAUGAAGAAUUGAUAUGUCACUGACCAGAAACAUUUUGUUCAUUUGGUCAACCAGGUGCCUAGAACAUGAUUAUGAUACUGUGAAGAAUCCUAAUGUGCUUAUGAUGCUUUCUGAUUGAUUUACCAGUGCUGGUUAAUGUCUUUGCCCAGAGCUGCAUGUUCCUAUACGGAUAUUUUUUUUGCUGUUUUGUUUUUGUUUGUUUUUUCAGUGGGGGUCUCAACUUACUGAUGAGAGUUUGAAAAGUAGAAUACACAAGGUGCCAUUUUGAAAUUUGGUUGUGCAUCAGCAGUUUUUUUUAUGUCAGUCACUAACAGUCAUUCAAUUAACCCAUGCUAGCUAAACAAUUUGUAUUGCUAGGUAAGGUAGGCUACCAGCUAUCUAAACCUUGUAGAUGGCCUUAUCACCAAAUUACCGACCGGGCACGUAGGGCAUGCCCAGGGGCCCUGACCUCCAGGGGCCCCCAUUGAUUUGUUAGUCACUCUCACACAGAUAUCACAUUUUUGUAUGUGUAUUUAUUAGGGAUCCCCAUUAGCUGUUGCCAAGGCAGCAGCUACUCUUCCUGGGGUCCAAACACAUUAAGGCACUUACAUUACACAAAACAAAAGAUAWAACAGUACUUCAUAUAACAUUAUUACACCACUACWUAUCUACAAUAUAAAAUGUAUAAUACAACAAUAUUACAACGUACAUGUGUGUAGAGUGCAUGUGCUAGCGUUUGUGUGCA